AUCCAGAUCUCGAAAUAGAGAGCAAGAACUUUAAAUUUAGAAAGAGGAACAGAGAAGGUGAUGACCAGCACUACCAUGCACUCAUGAUGUUUACCAAGGUGGACAAGAGCCGCAGCCUACAGGACAAGUUCAGAGUGGCGAUGCUGUCAAUGGUGAAACAUGGACGCUUCCGUGAAGGGGAAGUGUUGGUGCUUCAUUUUGUCAGUGACCAGGCCAGCCAGGAGCUAGGCAAGGCGAUGCUGCAAGAAUUCCUCCAAGAUGCAACAUUUAAAUACGAGGUGUUGUUUCACGACGUGGUUGCUCUCACACAGAAGCUCUUCCCGAUCGUGGAGGCCAUGCAGAAGCACUUCAGCGCAGGCUCCGGGGCCUACUACAGCGACUCCAUCUUCUUCCUGUCCGUCGCGAUGCAUCGAAUUAUGCCGCAGAGCCUGACUCACAUCAUACAGCUUGACCUGGACCUGAAAUACAGGACCAACAUUAGAGAUCUUUUUCAAGAAUUUCAGCGAUUUUCUCCAGGAGCGGUAAUUGGCAUCGCCAGAGAGAUGCAGCCAGUCUACAGACACACGUUCUGGCAGUAUCGGAAGGAGAACCCAAAGACCAGAGUUGGAGAGCCUGCCCCCGAGGGUCUCCCAGGAUUCAACAGUGGUGUGAUGUUAUUGGACCUUGGUGCAAUGAGGGCUUCGACUCUCUACAACCAGCUGUUGGAACCCAGCAAUGUGACCAAACUGGCAGACCAGUAUCGCUUCAGAGGCCACCUGGGAGACCAGGACUUCUUCACCAUGAUCGGCAUGGAGCAUCCAGAGCUGUUUUAUUCCUUGGCCUGUGGCUGGAACCGGCAGCUGUGCACCUGGUGGAGAGACCACGGAUACGGAGACGUGUUUCAGUUGUAUUAUCGCUGUGACGGACCCAUUUAUAUCUACCAUGGGAAUUGCAAUUCGCCGAUACCAGAUGACUGAGCUGAGACUCCAACUGACAAGGAACCUGCGACGUCUGCAGUGUGUCUAAAGGAAACUGUUCACCAGCUCGUUGAGGAUCACCAUUGUGUUUUUAUGGCAGUUGAUUUUAUUUACCACACUCACAAACCCUGCCCCUUGCUGGUCGAGGGGCUGCAGAAAAUUGGCUGAAGGUCUGUCAUGUUUGUAUGUGGAGCGGGAUUUGUGGGGUUGUAUCCUCAGGUACUAGGAAAAUGAGAUUGUUUGUGAUCUGUGCAGUUGGAAUAACAUAAUUUUAAUGUUUACGACAGGUCAGAACACUACAGAAAGGUUUAUUACUGCUAUUUUUCUCUUCUUUUUUUUCUGAGUAUCGUGGUACAGAGAAAAGGUAAUUUCCAUGCUAAUGCAUGGAUUUGGUUAGCCAGGGUGCACCGGGAUGCAUGAAGCUGCAGUACAAGUCGAACGUUUUGGCACAAUGUCAUUGCCACAAUGUCACUUUUGCCCUUAUUGAAGUCAGUGAAGGAGUUACUGUUGUGGGAUGCGUCUUGAAUUGUCAGUAUCACUGUUGAAAAGGUUUUUACUGUGGUAUAUGUUGAUCAGUUUCAAUAAAAAGAGUUGGUGUUUAAUAAUAAUCUAAAGAAUGUGUCCUAAUCAUAAGUUCUAUGAUAUAUAUGUGUGUGUAUCUAUAAGGUUUGAGCAUAACUUUCUAUACUGCAAAAGGGAGUUGACACAAAAUUAACUGAUGAGAAUCAUGUACUCAAAAAAAAAAAAAAAAAAAAAGCUCAAAUGAGUCUCAUUACUUUCUGCUCCAGCAACUCAAACUUUCUACCCCAGGAUUACCCUGCAGCACCUUAUCUACCUGCAGCACCAUGUGGGGGCUUAUCUGGUGUCAUUUACUUCCUCGCUGAGUUUUUUUUUUUCUUCCU